AUGAGUGACGAAGAAAGGAUCAAAGCCAUCGAAGCCCGUUUUGAUGCCCUCGAUGAAGGCCGUGACGGAAAGAUGAAGCCAGCAGAGUUCAAGGUUCUCUACGACGAUUUAGAAGGCCGCGAAACAACACGAGAAGAGUCCGACAUCAUGUUCAGAGGCAUUGAUAUCGAUGGCUCCGGCGAAAUCACAAAGAAGGAGUUCAUGGAUAUGGUUAAUGCCAUCGUUAAGAAGGAUGAGAAGUACCAGUACAAGAUGAUCUUCAGAGCUUUCGAUAAGGACAGAUCCAGAUCCAUCGAUGUCAAUGAAAUCAUCGCUAUUCAGAAAUUCCGUGGAAAGGAAGUCACAAAGGAGGAAGUCCAGAAGUUCCUUCUUGAAGAGACAGGCAAGUCAACAGGCAAGCUUAACUUCGCCUUGUUCUACAAGUGCCUUACUGGCAAGUUUACACCAAAGGAAACAGAUCCUUAUGAUGGAAUGUUAAAGUCCAAGUGUUGCUUAUUAAUCUAA